GCUCCCGGCCCGCGCGCCAUCUUGGCUUCGGAUCGAGCGUGGGGCCGCCGCGGUGAGAGUGGAACCCGGCGGGGUCGGGGCUCCCGGAGGCGGUGGGAGACGGGACGCCUGCUUCUUGGCCGCACUCUGGAAACAUCCCGUAGCGAUGGAGACGGCCUAGGCUGGCCAGGGCCCGCCCAAGCAGCCUCUUCUCCCGACUUUCUGAGUGUCCGGGGUUGACGUGGAUCGACCCUGUGGGCAGCCAAACACAGACAAGACAGCGAGCGGGAUGGAGCAUUACCGGAAAGCUGGCUCUGUAGAGCUCCCAGCACCUUCCCCAAUGCCUCAGCUACCUCCUGAUACUCUCGAGAUGCGGGUCCGAGAUGGCAGCAAAAUCCGCAACCUGCUGGGGCUGGCGCUGGGUCGGUUGGAGAGCGGCAGUGCCCGGCAUGUGGUGUUCUCAGGUUCUGGCAGGGCUGCAGGAAAAGCUGUCAGCUGUGCUGAGAUUGUCAAGCGGCGGGUCCCAGGCCUGCACCAGCUCACCAAGCUACGUUUCCUGCAGACUGAGGACAGCUGGGUCCCAACCGCACCUGACACAGGCCUAGACCCCCUCACAGUGCGCCGCCAUGUGCCUGCAGUGUGGGUACUGCUCAGCCGGGACCCCCUGGACCCCAAUGAGUGUGGCUACCAACCCCCAGGGGCACCCCCUGGCCUGGGCUCUGUGCCAAGCUCCAGCUGUGGCACCCGGCCACGAAGAAGGGCUCGAGACACCCGGUCCUGAAGACCUGCUGAGCCAGGCUGUUCUCCAGGCCUGAAUGUCUAGGAUGGUGGUGCCUUCUCUGAGAAGCCCUGGACUGUUCAAUGUCCCCAUCAAAGCUGGAGUCCACAGAAGUGGGCCUUCCAGUCCUUCUCCUUCCUUCUGGCAUGUGGGAAGGGGCUGCUAUGGGGGGUGACAGGUGUGUCAAGUUCUGCGUUGCAUAAGAAGGGGUUACUCUGCUUUUUACCUACAGUUUGUCUGACCUGCCUUCUGACAGAGGUUCCAAGGAGGGAGUUAGGAAAUAAAGCCCAUUUGUCUGAUGA